UAAAAAGUCCUCCAUAGUGGUUUCCUAGGUAAGGUACUGUACCUACCAGGUAUUGUACCUGGUAAUCACAGUCCGCCUCCCUGUGGCACCGCCCUGAACAUCUCAUUUCCCUCGGCAUAGGGUUAGAGACACAGCCUUAACCGUCAACCAGUCCCUUUUCCUCGACUGUUACGAAUUGCUAUUUCGGUGCGACUGCAUCGCUACUUUGCAAAUACAACUCCAUUCGACCGCUUCCAUGCUGCGUCGGCGCAGCCUCAAGUCCAAGUCGGACCUCAAACGCAGCAAGUCCACGUCGUCGACCCAUGGUGUCGUUCUUGAGCAUCUCGAUCCCGUGCUAGCACAACGGGACGCCCAUAUCGCUGCCUAGGAGGCAUACACCAGAGCCCAGAUCCGGGCGACGGCCGGCAUGUCACUGUUUCCUCCGAGCGCCCAGUUAUCUCCUGGCCGGCAACAGACUGAGCGGAGCGUAGCCAGUCAAGAUGAGCCUAGAGGCGAGGAUUUCCGCCGUCGACGGAGCGUACGGUUUAUGGGGCCGUGUUCUGUGCCGCCGAGGGGUCGAAGAGCAUGCACAGAUCUCGACUCGAGGUAUUCGGAUGCGGACUCGGCGAACACAACAGUGGGUGGUGAGACGAGCAGCUGCGAAAGCCAUAAUAUGGCCCUGAAUGCACCUCCCCGUCCCCAAAGAGCACCGCCACCCGCUCCGUUGCCCAGCAUGGCUACGAGCUAUCUCCACGCUCUAACCGCCCAAGACGAAUACUACACCCCGGAAGACGAUAUAGCCUCCGCUCCAUCGUCAUAUCGCCGUCUUCACAGAUCUCGAUCCAUGGUCAGCGAUCAAUUUGCCAUCAGGAGAAGCCACGAGGGCCCGGGACUAAGCGCAACGAAUAAACCUACAAAGCAUAGACUGCCGGGAGUAUCAUCUUCGCGCAGGUUCUUCCGUUCCGAGCCAAACGACAGCAAAUCCCCGAACUCCGUCCCGACUCUGAGGGCUCCCAAAUCGAUGAGUUUCUUAGGCAACCGAAAGUGGCAGUCCAAGUCCAGUUCGAGUCGGGAAGGAAGCACACGGGAAUCGAGACAGUCCGGCUUGGUGGAUCUUCCAGAGGACGGCUCGUCUUCUAUGGCCGCGCAGAGCACCACACGACUCAGAUACAAACCUUCUGCGCUUUUCAGUCUAAGAGGUCGCCGAGCCGACGUGAAAAUGCCCAAGUCUCUUCGCAGCAGCGGUUCGACUGAGGACUUCGGAGCAUCGAGCACCGUUUCCGAAACCCACUCAGAAGGGCAGGGGACGCUUCGAGUGAAAGCAAGAAAGGCGUCAAGGACACUGAAGAUCAAACUCAAGAACCUGUUUACUCAUGCAAAGCCCGAAGAAGAGACGUCUUCCAUCCCAUGCCAGCACAUCGAGGCCCAGAGGAGCCAUGCCACCUUCGUACCGACUUCUGACGGUGAGGAUGAGACUUCCACUGGCCAGCGCUGUGGAAUCAUUCGCAACCCGCCAGUGAAGGUGCCAUCACUUCGAGUCGUGUCACCGAGGCUUGCUCACUCUAACAAGGCAAGUUCGGAAAGCCUGAGAAGCGAGAGAGAACGGAACGUGUCGGAUGGCUCCUCCUUGACAACCUGGGUGCAUUCUGGGCCCAGCACACUCACAAGCCAGGAGCAACAGCAAUGGAGAGAAUGGGAAAGACACCGCCUUUCCGUCAUAAAAGAGAAUGGCGCACAUAUCCCAUCAAGCUCCCUGCGAAGACAGGCCAUUGGAUCCGACCUCUUCCGGGUCCCUGACAAUGCUCCCGGAACCGCUGUCGCCCUUGGCCCGAUUGUGGACAGCCAACGUAUCUAUUCGGCUCUCGUGAAGCGGAUGCAGACCAUGAACGCCCGCACCGAACAGGUGGAGGAGGAGGGGCAUUCUGGGACCCUAGCGUCUGGUGCCGUCGCGCCGGUGCACGAACGGUCCGGUAGCUCUUCAAGUAGCACGCCGGAGACAAUAAAGCGCGCCAUCCCUGAGCGAGGUUACUCCACGGCAUCCGAUAACAUAACCACGCCCACCAGAGCUUCGAGGAGGGAGGGUUUCUCUCGUGGCCAUGGUACCCGGGAUGAGCAACAAACCGCUUCUGUCGAUGUCACUCCGACUAUUUCCGGUGGCUACCAAGGCAGACCCAGUGAAGAUCUGGAACAUGACAGGCUGUCAACUAGCGGGCUUGGUGACGUUGCAAGCCAGCGCCAGGAGUUCCGGAACGAUUUGACAGAGGACCACAAUGACAUAUUUUUCCAGGCGAGCACACGAGCAGAUCAGCCGUCGAGGCUCGCCGACAGCCCCGCCUCAUACCUCUUCAGGACAGCAAGCCCUUACCGCCGUGCCCUUAGAAAGUCGAUGCAGGAGGAGCAGAAUGCCUGGGCCCAGCAAAGCUCUGCCAGUGAUCAAGUUUCUGACGCGGGCAGCCAAGCCCACCAUGAGAGCGGGCUGAAUCAACCUUUGCGGGAGACUAGUUCAGACUCUGCGAAGGAUCUAGACUGCACCGAGAGCGUCUAUUCCUCGGAUGGGGACGAGCAUGGUUCGGUGCAAUACGCCAGAGUCAACAGGCGAAGCAGAACAUUCGCAGAAACUCCAGCCAACUAUGGACGUGGGGGCUGGCGCGAGACGUCAACGGCAAGCUCGGUUGAUUGGAAGACGUGGCUAUCUGCCAACAUUGACAAGUUUGAACCCUCCGGCUCUUUCGCAAGGCCAACGGCCGUCAAGCCUGCCCUGCCACCCGUGGUCCGAGGCUCUCGCAGUAGCCAAUUCUCCUCGUUAAGACGCCAUGUCCGCGAAAACGCACAAACCCACAGCAACGAUGACUGCAACAACUAUGCGACCGACGUCGAUGACGACGACGUCUUUGAAACGCCGACGCGGAAGCCAGACUUUGGCACUGGCCCGCUCUCCCAAGUCGAACCGAACGUCGUCAGACCAAGACCAUCAUCCCCUUCCUGGUGGUCCAGCCACAAACGGACCACCAUUUUCGACACCAAUGCAAAUAGUAAUGCACCUAGCCUGACAAAGCUCACCAACGAGAACGAAAGCCCAAACCGAUCGUCUCCGCCUCCUCCCAUACCACCCAGGAGCAAGCUAAGGCCUGCGCCUCUGAGGAUUUCGAGACAGACGCCGCCGGGCUCGGGCAACGGUGUGAUGAGUCCGUCUGGAUCAGCGUCGGUGAUGUCAAGUCCUGGGUUGACGGAGGCUGUGCUGAGGCAGUUCGGGCCGGUCUCGACCAACACGGGGGGUUAUGGCAUAACUGAGAAGGGCGGCUAUGACCGGCGGGAAAGGGUGGAGAACCGGCGGUUGGGGAUUGCGGAGGUCUUGGAACAGGAAGAGAACGAAACGACGAGGUGGCGUGAUAAGGGAGAUGAGAGCGCUGCCUUUAUAUGAGGAGAUAUAUUUUGGGUUGGAAGCACUCUGUGGAGCGCACUUUUCUGUUUGAGCUCCUGAUGUGUGUGGCACGGCUCGAGUGGAUGGGCGCUAUCUGUUAGCAGGGCGAUGAACAAGGGUUUGGGGAAUUGGGUCUGUGUUUGGCUUGGUAAUAAGGGGAUCGAGACACAUCAUAAUGUUAUGUCGAGAGAGGAAAAGUGAAAGGAAAGUGCAGUAAUGGCGAGACGAGCAAGCAACGAUGGGGUAUGAGUUAGAUAUGACUAGAGUCCGGGCGCAGGUGCGAUUUUAUCAAGGUAGUGGGGAGUGCAGAUGUUUACCUGCCUAGGUGCCCUUCGGAAGUUCGCCUGCGUAGAUAGGUAAGGUAGUAUUGAAUAUUGAUGUCUGCCUACCGUAUGGGCUAUGGUCUUCCUUAUGUACAGGUAAUGACGG